GAAUGUUGCCAUAACAACACAACUGAAGUGAUGUCCAUGAUGACACAGAAGACCGUUUCUAUGGUAAUGGAAUGUCUUAACUUCAAGGAUGCAUACAAGCCCAUUACAAAAAAUGGGAACUAACACUCUAGGUUGAGAGAAGUUUCUUCCUUGUACUGCCCAUCUGUCUACAUCCAUUAGUUAUCUCUUGUUGUAUACUUAGAUGGAAAACACUUUGGGGCAGGGACCUUCUUUUUGUUCAGUGUUUGUAUAGCACCUAGCAUAAUGGGGUCCUGGUGCAUGACUAGGGCUUCUAGGGAGCCUUAGCAGUAUAAAUAAAUAAUAAUCAUAAUUAAUAAUAUAAAUGGGACAGUCAGUUUACAAAACAGAAAUACAGGGGCUAGAUUUUGUUCCUAAUUACAUAAGUGGAAAUUCAGAGAUUUACUGGUGUCAAUAAGAUUCGAAUCAGGCAUAAUAGAGUGAUUCUGAUCUCAUUCAACUUUUACCUCAAUGAAAUUCUACUUACCGCAAAGGAAUUAUUUCAGUGGUGUGAAAUCAGAAUCAGGUAACCAUUCUAAUUUUAGUUUAUCCAAAGGAUUACUGGAGAUUUAUAAAACGUAGUUAAGGCCCUGGCUACACUUGCAAGUUACAGCGCACUAAAGGAGCCCCGGGCACACUAGAUCAUUACCCGUCCACACUGGCAAGGCACGCAGAGUGCUCUAACUCUGCGGCUACAGUGCUGCUGGUACUCCACCUCAGCGAGUGGAAUAAUGUUUGCUGCACCCCCGCUGGAGCGCCGCAGUGGCAGUGUGGACGCCCUGGUCCUAUAGUGCGUUCUGAUUGGCCUCCAGAAGUGUCCCACAAUGCCUGUGCUAGCCACUCUCGUCAUCACUUUGAACUCUACUGCCCUGCUCUCAGGUGACCAACCGUGAGACCCACCCAUUAUAUUUUCUGUGAAUUUUGAAAUAUCCCUUCCUGUUUGCUCAGCCAGGCGUGGAGUGCUAUCAGCGAAUCUUUCCAGGUGACCCUGCUUCCUCCACGUGCCAGGUGAGCCCCAGUAUGGACCAAUGGCGAGUUGCUGGACCUCAUCAGUGUUUGGCGGGAGGAAGCUGUCCAGUCCCAGCUGCGAUCCAGCCGUAGGAAUUACGAUACCUUCGGACAGAUACCAAGGGACAUGAUGGAAAGGAGCCAUGACCAGGAUGCACUGCAGUGCAGGAUUAAAGUGAAGGAGCUGCAGAAUGCCUACCACAAAGCCCACAAGGCAAACAACCGCUCCGGUGCUCCCCCUGCGACCUGCCGUUUCUACAAAGAGCUGGACGCGAUACUGGGGGGGCGACCCCACCUCCACUCCGGGGACCACCAUGGACACUUCAGAGCCCAGUGCAACAAGGCAGGAGGAGGAGCAGCAAAGCAGGAGCAAGGGUGCUGAGGCGGAGGAAGACACCCCGGAAUCCCUAGAUGCAUGCAGCCAGGAGCUGUUCUCGAGCCAUGAGGAAGGUAGCCAGUCGCAGCAGCCAGUGCUUGGGGAAGGACAAACACCAGAGGAGUUUCCCGAUGCAACCUUGAGAUCUCAGCUGUCCGUGUUAUCACUGGCCGAAAGACUCCAAAGAAUCAGAAAGAGGCCACGUAGAAGCAAGGAUGACAUGUUGCAUGAAGUAAUGCAGCAUUCAAGUAAUGAAAAUCAAAAAGUGCAGGAGUGGGGGGAGAGUGGAAGGAGGGUCUGCCAGCAGAAUGCGGAUCUCCAGCACCAAAGCACAGAGUGGCUGCUAAGCAUCAUGGAGCGCCAAGCAGACUCAAUCCAGGCGCUUGUAGCAAUGCAGGCAGAGCACUACUGCGCCCAUCCCCCUAGCAGCCCUUAUCCCUAA